AUGGCCUUCUCUACACUGAAUCUUCAUGAGGGCCUGAAAACCUUGUCAGUUUUGCAGUGGCUCCCAGUCUACAUAAUUUUAGGAGCUAUUCCUAUUUUAUUUAUACCCUACUUACUGGUGUUCACUAAAUUCUGGAUCCUGUCUUUGCUCGCCUUAUCCUGGCUCGCCUAUGAUUGGGAUACCCAUAAUCAAGGUGGUAGGCGUUCAUCUUGGGUAAGAAACUGGACCCUCUGGAAGUAUUUCCAAACUUACUUUCCUGUAAAGCUGGUGAAGACCCAUGAUCUACCUCCUGACCACAACUAUGUCUUUGUCUGCCACCCCCAUGGCGUUCUCUCACAUGGUGUCUUCGUCAACUUUGCCACUGAAGCCACUAAUUUUUCUCAGAUUUUUCCAGCCAUCACUCCUUCUAUAGGGACGUUGGAAGGGUUCUUCUGGAUUCCAUUUGUGCGAGAAUAUGUUAUGGCACUGGGAGUAUGCCCUGUGAGUGAGUCGUCCUUAAGAUAUUUUCUGACUUAUAAAAAAUCAGGCAAUGCUGCAGUUCUUGUGCCAGGUGGAGCUGCUGAAUCCCUCUUGGGCCAACCAGGAUCUUCUACUAUCCUCCUUAAAAAUCGUAAAGGUUUUGUGAAGUUGGCACUGAAAACAGGAGCAUAUCUUGUUCCUUGUUAUUCCUUUGGUGAGAAUGAUGUUUACAAUCAAGAGACUUUCCCUGAAGGCACGUGGAAAAGAUUUUUCCAAAAGGCAGUUCAAAAUACAUUAAAAAUUUUUCUGGGAUUAAAUUUCUGUACCUUUCAUGGCCAAGGUCUCACUCAAGGAUCCUGGGGCCUCCUGCCUUUCAAUCGACCCAUUACCACUGUUGUUGGGGAGCCCAUGCCAAUGCCCAGGAUUAAUGAUCCAGACCAGAAGACUGUCGACAAAUACCAUGAACUCUAUGUCAGUGCCUUGAAAAAGCUAUUUAAUGAGCACAAAGUCCAGUAUGGUCUCCCAGAAACACAGGAGCUGAUAAUGCUAUAA